GCAGAAUAUCUCCCUGCCAUUUCAUAUUUCAACACAAAUUUUAGCAUUUUUCGUUGUCCAGCCAUUUCUAGCCAUAUUAAAGUUAGUAAAUCAGUUGGCAAAUGAAAUUACUUGGCGGAGGUUGUUUACAAAAUCCAGCUCACUCAAAAGAAUAUGGAAUAUUGUUCAUUGUUUAAUUUGGAAAAUCUGAGCAUUCUUGUCGCCAGCAUCAAUGCCUUGGUCUAUUUGGUGCUAUUGAUGUAUGACGUGAUAUUCUUGAAUGAAGAAUAUAAGAAGUCAGCUCACAGCAGUGAUUUCAGUGGAAAAUACGCUGUUCAUUCCGAAAUUAUCCUUCUAUUGGUAUUCGGUAUUGGACUAUGUUCAUCGGUGUUAUACCUCAAAGGUAUGCGGCAGAAACACCCUGGCUUAAUGAAACCCCUCCUCUAUAUGACAACUAUUUGCAUCGGCUUUGCAAGCGUUUCAUUCCUUUGUUUCUACUGUGCAGCACUUGUGGGGAGUUUGGAGUACCUCAAUGUCAUCAUUAUGGGCUUUAGUUAUUUUUUGGCCAUAGGUAUUUUCGUCUUAUUUUCCACACCAUUAUUUCAGAUAUAUCAACGAAUGUGUCAACGAGCAAUUUAUCCAUUUAAUCGGACCAUUCGGCAUCCGGAGAAACCAGUAGAACAAUUAAACCAAUAAAGCUUAAAUUUGAUGA